AAAUAUUUAACACGAUGAAAGCCAAAAAACAGAACUCGGUUCCCAAAUUGAUGGGAUGGUUGAAAACUGGUAAGUCCCCCGCCAAGGCUGGCGCGGCCGCGCGGCGCUUGCCGUCAUCUGACUUCGUGGUACUUACGGUCCCAAAUACUUAGUGAAGUGCAUGUUCGAUGGCGCAGGUAUAAUUUGAACCAAACUAAGUGCACGUCGUGGAUAACCUCUUUCGCAAAUCGGUUUUGAAACGGUCGGUCAUGGACAACAUUCAAGAAAUAUUUAACACGAUCACUUCGUCAAAUGACAACACAGUGGCAAACAUGUUGAAAUGGUUGCAAGAAGGCAUAGUGGAAAAAUCAGAAAGUGCAGAAAAAGAGGUUUUAGCCCACUUCUCUGAUGUGGCUGACAAACAAAACGUCAAUUUUGAGGAGUUCAAGGGGGCUCUCGAAAAACUGUCGGCGUCGAAGAACAUCUCUGUGGAGGACACGGUGCAGCGGCUCGCUGCGGGCAACGGGUUGCCCAACGCACUCAACCAGGCCGCGACCGCCCUGGGUUUCAAGUAGAGCCCAUAAUGAAAACACACGAACUAGAGCGGAGUCCAUGUGAAUUAGAACACUGUCGGGAUCGCACAGAUUUGCCACAAAGUCCAUGGUUUGUAUAAUCAUAACCCGAAUUUUGAUCUGGGUGAUUACGAAAGUUAUAAUUUAGAUACACUUAAAUUAUGUGGACAACACACAUUUGUGUGUGUCAAGAAUUUAACAAAUACGAUCAAUGCUCAGUGAUAUGUUGCCACGGCUGGACUCCGUUAGCGUUUCCCGAUGUGUCGGAACGGCUCCUCGCUCCAUAGCGACGCGUUGACCGGCGUUGGCCAGCGGCAGAUUAGUCCAGCCUCUUUCACUGUCGACGGCUGCCUUUGAUUCGAUUACUUGCGGUGUUACCAUUGUCACUCAGCAUUUGCCGACAUUAUCGACAGUUUCGUGAAAAUUAAAGAAGUCAUACCGCGGUAAGACACCUGUAUCCAGAGAUAAUCAUUUAAGGAAUGAUAAUAACUACAAAAUUCUUAAAAUCUAUUAUAAUUAUUAAGGCGGAACAGUUAUAUUCUUGUCUUCUCCAAAUUGCAGUAAUUCUAUGCGCUCAGUGAAAAAAGCGCUGACUCGAUUCAUUUUAAGUUUUCGUCAUUUAUGUGAAAAAUUUUGCUUCUUUCUGUCUAAUGGCCGCGUUUGUAGCGGCUUUAGAAAUGUGCAUAAUUUUUGUGUACAAAAUAUGACCUACCUUUUUCUUGUGUACUUUUUAUGUUACUUAUAAAUUCGUACAUAUUAAUUUUGGAAUAUCGCCCUUACGUUACGAUUUGAGAAUUACGACUUCAAUUGAAUUAUUUGAAAUAUUGAGCUUCCAUCCACAUGCGAUUGUAAGUGCUGGUUGCAUUGCACUACACACG